AUCACAACCUCAGAAUGGCCAGAACCUGCUCAGCAUUCCCAACUCAGAACUGUCUGAUCAAGAACUGUACAUCAGCUACUCACCAUAACAGCCAAUCUAGCCAGGAAGAGUCGACUUAUCAUGGCCAAGCCAGUGUACCGAGGGGCAGAACUGUGGCAGAUGGGUCUGCUCAUCUUGUGUCUGGUGGCUCACUCUGAGGGAUCUAAAGUCAUUGGAGUUACAAACGGAGGAGGUUGGGGUGGCUGGCAAGGUGUUCGGAUGUGUCCCAAGGACUUUUACGCUUAUGGAUUCAGCAUGAGGGUGGAGAGGCAUGUAGGACGCCGUGAUGACACAGCCCUCAAUGGAAUCCGUCUGUUCUGCAAACACACAACUUAUCCGAUUGAUGAUAUAGUGGUGGAGGCACCAGGAUACUGGGGGAUUUGGACUGCAAAUCAAUCUUGUAAAUCUGGAUAUCUGGAUUCCUUCCAACUGCGUGUGGAGCGCCCUCAGGGCAAAGGAGACGACACAGGCGCCAACAACAUAAACGUCCACUGCAGCAAUGGAGAUAUUCUCCAGGGUGAGGGCGAAAGUUGGGGGAACUGGGGCGGAUGGAGCGAAAGAUGCCCAAAUGGAGUUUGUGGUUUUCAAGACAGGGUGGAGUUCCCACAAGGGGGGGGGAUGACGACACCGCCCUCAAUGAUCUUCGAAUGAUCUGUUGUGAAUAGCUUUCCUCUGCAGACAAAGAAAUGCUGUACAGACGCAUAGAUAAUGACACAAAGUAGAUAUAGACACAGCUGUCUGAGGAUGGGUAAGGGCCUGAAAUGGCGCAAGAAACCGACCACGUUACUCCAAUACUUAAGUCCCUAGACUGGCUUCCACUACAUUAAGGACUUGACUUUGAAACACUAAAGCUUGACAUGCUUCAGCCUCUCAGACUUCUCAAUCUAGACCUCUACAUCUAUACUUACUGUAGCGCCAAACUGUUCUCAGAUGAUUUCUGCUGAUCAAAUGCAUUUCCUGUUAUCAUAUAUUAUUUUUACUUGUACUUUGCACAAUGACAAUAAAGUUGAGUCUUGUAAAAAAAAAACUCAGCUCGAGUCAUCACAAAAUUAAAGGAACUGGUUCAUAAA